AUGUACACGAUCUGGAGAGUGGUAGGAAUCACUAUUGGUGUGACAGCUGUGGUAGGAGUGGUGGUAGGGAGUUUGACAUGGGGUAUAUUGGCCAACCGAGGUCCACCACCGCCGGAACUAAAGCCACUGGACUGGUGGGAACACACCGUCAUAUACCAAAUUUACCCUCGGUCCUUCAAGGAUAGUGACGGGGAUGGCAUCGGUGAUUUAAAAGGAAUAUCAACGCAAUUGGAUCACCUGGUGGAUAUCGGUAUAGGCGCGAUAUGGAUGUCACCCAUCUUCGUCUCACCCAUGGUGGACUUCGGUUACGACAUCAGCGAUUUCUACAACAUCCAGGCUGAAUAUGGGACCAUGGCCGAUUUUGAAGAGUUAGUGAAAAAGGCGCAUGAUCUUGGAAUUAAAAUUCUGCUGGACUACGUUCCUAAUCACGCAAGUGAUCAGUCUGAGUACUUUAAGCGAUCACUGGCGAGGGAGCCUGGCUACGAGAACUUUUUCGUUUGGGCUGACCCCAUCAUAGACCCGAACAACGCUUCUAAUCGGCUUGUCCCUUCCAACUGGAUAAGCGAGUUCGGUGGCUCAGUUUGGGAAUGGAGCGAAAUCCGCCAGCAAUACUAUUUACAUCAAUUUGCAAAAGAGCAAGUAGAUUUCAACUUCAGAGACCCAGCCGUCAGAAAUGAAAUGUUGAACAUAAUGAAGUAUUGGUUCGAGAAGGGUGCAGACGGAUAUAGAUUAGACGCAGUGGUGCAUCUCUUCGAAGCGGAUCCUAACGACCACGGGGGAGUAUAUCCUGACGAGCCUUUAAGUGGGAACAUGUUCUUGAAUCCAGAUCAAGCUGGUUACACUACACAAGAGUAUACGAAGCAUCUAAUUGAACUCUAUGACGUAUUGUACGAUUGGAGGGAAUUCGCUGAUGGAUGGAAAGAUGAAAAUAAUAGCGAAACAAAAAUUCUUCUCGCGGAAGCCUACGCUAACAUUACCAUGACUAUGCUGUACUACGGCGUCGAGGGAGGCCGGGACGGUGCUCAUUUCCCAUUCAAUUUCGAACUGAUCAAUAGUCUGUCUGCUAAAUCCAGCGCGAGGGAUUUUGUCUACGUUAUCAAACGUUGGCUCACCUAUAUGCCUUCUGGGAGGGUGGCGAAUUGGGUGUUCGGUAAUCACGACAAGAACAGGAUGCCUUCGCGAUUCAGAACCAAUAUGGUUGACGGCUUAAACUCUUUAAGCAUGUUACUACCUGGAGUGGCCAUAACUUACCAAGGUGAGGAGAUCGGUAUGAGGGAUGGAUACGUCAGUUGGGAGGACACUGUUGACGUUGCUGCCUGCAACCAAGGCAACCCAGACAACUAUCUGGAAUACUCCAGAGAUCCGGCCAGGACACCGUUCCAUUGGGAUAAUACAACCAACGCUGGAUUCUCGACCAACUCCACAACUUGGUUGCCAAUUGCACUAGAUUAUACGGAAAUCAAUUUAAAAGCCCAAAAAGAAGCUAAGCGAAGCCAUUAUAAGGUAUACAAAUCCCUGAUCAGUCUACGCAAGCAGCCAGCUUUGUCACAUGGCAGCUACCACAUUCAAGCACUCUCUGAGAACACUUUCAUCCUUAUAAGGCACCUUAUAACACAUGACACCUAUGCGUUAUUGUUCAACGUUGGCUCAGAGGACGACACUGUCGACUUGGAUAAUGUUACUCUCUUGAGGGAACCAUUGACAGUUUACGCUUCCAGUGUGCAUUCUAGUAGAGUUGACGGUGACACAGUUCCCUGGGGAGAGCGGGGGCGCGUGACCCUACAGGCGGGGGAGGCGAUCGUCCUGCGAGCUCCACCGACGUAG